AUGACUCAGCAGAAGACAACAAUUGCGACGCAAAUUACUGCCUUGACCAGGAGUGUUCAGGCUCAAUGUCUCGAUGAAACAACACGCUUGGAGGCACUGAGCGCCGCUCGGGCCUUGUUAGCCACCCUAGAGUCGCCAGUUGAGAGGAUCAUUCAGGAUGUCGUGAUGAAUCCGCCAAUUUUGAUGGCCCUUCGCAUGGGUGCUCAGCUUGGCAUUUUCACACAGAUUAGCCAAAAACCAGAACAAGGCGUCUCUCUCACAAAGAUUUCAGAGGAUACCGGAGCGAGUCCCAUCCUCGUAGACCAGAUUACUCGACUACUCGCUACAACAGGAUACCUUGAGCAAGAUGGAGUGCAAACCUUCAAACCGUCAACCCUGACUAUGGCCAUGGCGGACUCAAGUAUGGAGGCAACUACUCGUGCCUGCUUUGAAAUUGGCAAUCUCUGCGCAUCAAGAGCGCCUGAAUUCUUCCGCAGAAACAACAAUCAAUUCCCUAACUCCGCCAAAGACUCACCUUUCCAGCUAGCAUUUAACACUGAUCUGAGUUAUUUCGAAUGGUUAGGCCAAAAUCCUGGUCUGGCAAAGGAUUUCCAACAGUGGAUGGCGAUGAAGCAGAAAGCAACGCUGAAUUGGGUAGAUUGGUUCGAUAUUCAGCAACAUAUCAUUGAUGGAUUCGAAGAAAAGCCUCAGGGAAGCGUACUUCUGGUAGACGUCGGUGGUGGUGAAGGACAUUACUCGUGGCAGUUCAGACACAAGUUUUCUAGGGCAUCUGGCCGUGUCAUUCUGCAAGACCUUCCACAUGUGAUCGCGAGCAUUGAGAAUCCACCGAGUGGGGUGGAACUGACCUCUCAUGACUUUUUCACCCCGCAACCUUUGAAGGGGGCCCGGGCAUAUUUUAUGCACUGGAUUCUACACGACUGGUCUGAUGAACAUAGUCGUGCUAUUCUUGCUCCUAUUGUUGAUGCCAUGGAGCCCGGAUAUUCUCGCCUGGUUAUCCAUGAAACCAUUCUCCCUAAUUUUAAUUGUGAUCUACCGUCUGCUUGCAUGAGCAUUAUGAUGAUGGUACAGGUUGCAGCUUUUGAGCGCUCCGAAAAGCAGUGGCGUGACCUGCUUGCCUCUGUUGGCUUGAUCAACACAAGUUUCUACCAACCUCCUGGAAGUGGCGAGGGUAUUAUUGUAGCCAUUAAAUGA